AUGAAUUUGUCUCUCCUUGAUCCUUUUGUCCUAGCUCAGGACUACCCGGACACCUUGACGGAGAAGCUGAGUACAGGGAGCGGCCAUGCAACCUGUUUACGCUUUAACCGCAAAGGCGAUUAUCUAGCCUCCGGACGAGUGGACGGCACAGUAGUGAUAUUCGAUGUCGAGACAAACGGAGUCGCACGCAAACUGAGGGGUCAUACCAGGCAGAUUCAAUCGUUAAGUUGGUCCAGAAAUGGCCGGUACCUUCUCAGUUCGUCGCAGGACUGGAAAUGUAUUCUCUGGGACAUGAGAGAUGGUUCGCGGGUGCGAACUGUCCGGUUCGAAGCUCCUGUGUAUAUUGCGGAAUUGCAUCCUUUUAAUCAUCUACUUUUUGUCGCAUCUCUCUUUGAAGAACAACCAGCUCUCGUCGAUAUCUCAUCACCAAAACCAGUUAAACGAAUCCUCCCCUCCGCUCCUCUUCGUGCACCAGAAGUCGAUCCAGCAGUAGCCGCGAAACAAGCCGCUCAAGAUGCGAAACACUCGACUUGCGUUACAAUCUUCACUGCGCUCGGAAAUCAUAUCAUAGCCGGCACAUCAAAGGGCUGGAUCAACAUCAUCGAAACAGAAACCUGCGCAACCAUCCACUCCACCCGCCUCUGCAACGGAGUGGUCAUCCUCCUCCGCCUCGCGAGCAAUGGCCGAGACCUCCUCGUAAACAGCUCAGACCGUGUCAUUCGAACAAUCCUCAUGCCCGACCUCUCCCAACUAGGCACCGACCUCGAAGCCGCCAAUAUCAAAGUCCAAGUGGAACACAAAUUCCAAGACGUUGUCAACCGCCUAAGCUGGAACCACGUCGCCUUCUCCUCAACCGGCGAAUUCGUCACUGCCUCCACAUUCAUGAACCCCGACAUCUACGUCUGGGAACGCAGCCACGGCUCCCUCGUCAAGAUCCUCGAAGGCCCCCGCGAAGAACUCGGCGUGGUAGAAUGGCACCCCACCCGCCCCAUGGUCGUCGCCUGCGGGCUCGAAUCCGGCUGCAUAUACACCUGGUCCAUCGUCUCACCACAGAAAUGGUCCGCCCUAGCCCCUGAUUUCGGCGAAGUCGAAGAAAACGUCGAAUACAUCGAACGAGAAGACGAAUUCGACGUCCACCCCGCCGAAGAAAUCCACCAGCGCCGCCUCGACCAAGAAGACGAAAUCCCCGACGUCCUUACCAUCGAACAACCCAUGGACAACGGCGCCGACGACGACGACGAUAACAACAGCAACAGCAACAAUGCCGUUGACGCCUUCCACAUGCCCGUGCUACUAGAUAUCUCAGAUAGCGAGAGCGGCGAAGACAUCAUCGCAGUGGGGCCCGGCACGAUGCGCAGACGUAGUCCCGGCGCGGGCCGUGAGUGGAUGACCAAUGGCGACGGGGAGACAGGGAAGAAUGGCGCCGGCGCUUCACGGGGUCAAAGAGGGCGACGGCGGUGA